CCAAUAUGCAAUCUGAAUCUGCGUAACCCUGGUCUGCAGCUGAUCUCACUCGCCAUUCACAGAUUCGGCCGCUGUGAUGACUGGUACAUACACCGCGUGUAAAAGUAAGUUCUUUUGUUGCGACCUUGGUCCUCUGAGCUUCCCAUACAUCUCUCAGCUGGCGCCAUAGUUCUACAUCUCCUCUGUUCGCUGUUACGACUAAACUAUGUAAUUAGUGACGCGCACUGCCAGGAACUUUCUGGAUUCGAGAUCAUGAUUUGCUCAUGAUCAAAGUUUGUAGGAACCAUGAGGGAACGGGCUUUGAAUGCGGACGCCCGGUUACUGCAUGAUGUCACCCGGAGUUGCUGAAGCACCAAAUCGCGAACGUUGGUCCUGUUAGGCCCCUUCUUGCUUACCUCGGCCUUGCCCUUAGGUCUUUCUUGAUUACCUCCCUCUUCCUUCUUCUCUUCUUACCAUGACUUCUGUACUCGACCCAAAGACCAUCGGGAAGCCCAAACGGCCUAGAAGGCAUGUUAGGACGCUCACUGGUUAUCUCCCCGAGACGGACGCUUCAGGCAAAGAGAAAUGGCCUAGAGGUGAAGAGGAAGCGUGGAAAGAGGGUCUUAAAGGUGUUGAUUCAGAUGUCAAGUCCAUAACAAAAUCAGUGGUGAACCAUGUCAAUACCUCUCUUGCUCGUCAGGCAUACAACCUUGAUGACUUCGGAGCGUAUCAAGCUUCUGCAUUGUCUGUUCGCGACAACUUGAUUGCCAAAUGGAACGAGACUCAACUAUACUACACGAAAAAGUCACCCAAAAGAGCUUACUAUCUAUCUCUCGAAUUCUUGAUGGGGCGUACUCUCGACAACGCGCUGCUGAACCUUGGCUUGAAAGGUCAAUACACGGAAGGCAUCAAGCGACUUGGCUUCAAUAUGGAAGAUCUCUUGGAGCAAGAACGAGAUGCUGCCCUAGGAAACGGUGGCUUGGGUCGUCUUGCUGCCUGUUACUUGGAUUCAGGCGCUUCUCAAGAAUUACCGUUGUGGGGAUAUGGACUUCGAUACAAAUACGGCAUUUUCCAACAGCUUAUCUCGCCGGAAGGUGCACAGCUCGAGGCACCCGAUCCAUGGCUCGAUAAUCAGAAUCCUUGGGAGCUUCCUCGUCUUGACGUCACCUACGAAGUUCGAUUCUAUGGUUACGCUGAACGUCUCAACGAUGGAACUGGCCGUUCUGUCUGGACUGGAGGUCAAGAAGUUCUUGCCGUCGCUUACGAUGUUAUGAUUCCCGGAUGUUACACCAAGAACACCAACAAUUUAAGGUUAUGGGAGAGUAAGCCAAAGCGAGGCUUCGACCUGAACUCGUUCAAUGCUGGUGAUUACGAACGGGCUAUCGAGUCAUCGAACAGUGCCGCCGCUAUUACCUCUGUUCUUUAUCCCAACGAUCACACAUCGUUCGGAAAGGAGCUGCGUUUGAAGCAACAAUACUUCUGGACUGCUGCCAGUCUAGCUGAUAUUCUUCGCCGAUUCAAGAACAUCGGAAAACCGCUCAGCGCAUUCCCUGAUUAUGUUGCCAUCCAACUCAACGACACCCAUCCAACGCUUGCCAUUCCCGAACUCAUGCGUAUACUAAUUGACGAAGAGGAAACACCUUGGGAUGACGCAUGGAAUAUCGUCACGAACACGUUCUUCUACACCAACCACACCGUGCUCCCUGAGGCGCUCGAGAAGUGGCCUGUACCAUUGAUGGAACACCUAUUGCCAAGGCACAUGCAAAUCAUCUACGAUAUUAACAUGUACUUCUUACAAGCAGUCGAGAAGAAGUUUCCGGGUGAUCGGGACCGCCUCGCUAGAAUGUCUUUGAUUGAAGAGGGCUUCCCUAAACAAGUCAGAAUGGCGUUCCUUGCGUGUAUCGGUAGCAGGAGGGUAAAUGGCGUCGCUGAGCUGCACAGUGAACUUGUGAGGACAACCAUCCUCAAAGACUUUGUCGAAUUCGAAGGCCGUAGCAAGUUCAGCAAUGUUACUAACGGAAUUACGCCUCGUCGCUGGUUAGACCAAUGCAACCCCGAACUGAGUGCGCUUAUCUCCAAGACUCUCGGUCUUCAGAAGCCUGUCUGGCUUAAGGACCUCUUUAGGCUCGAAGGUCUACUCAAACUCGUCGAGGACAAAAAAUUCCGAGACGAAUGGGCGGCCAUCAAACAAAGGAACAAGGAGAGACUUGCAAAUCUGGUCAAGACUACACUUGGAUUCACGGUCAACACGAACGCGAUGUUUGACGUUCAGAUUAAGAGGUUACACGAGUAUAAGCGACAAACUUUGAACAUCUUUGGAGUUAUCUAUAGGUAUCUGACGCUGAAGAAGAUGUCAGCUGAGGAGAGGAAGAAAGUUAACCCACGCGUCGUGUUCUUCGCUGGAAAGGCGGCCCCCCCGCAUGUAGGCUUUUCUUUUUCUUUUGACCUUGUAAGAAGAGCGCUGAUUGUUCCGAAAGACUACAUCGCCAAAUUGACCAUCCGCCUUAUUGUCAAUGUCGCCCGAGUGAUAAACGACGAUCCUGAAACCAAAGACCUUCUCUCCCUUUACUUCCUUCCUGACUACUCUGUCUCCCUCGCCGAAGUGCUCAUCCCAGCUUCCGAUAUCUCUCAACAUAUCAGUACAGCUGGAACAGAGGCUAGCGGUACGAGUAACAUGAAGUUCUGUUUGAAUGGUGGAUUGUUGGUGGGUACCGUUGAUGGAGCCAAUAUCGAGAUUGCGGAAGAAGUCGGAGAGAGCAAUGUUUUCUUCUUUGGCCAUUUGGCGCCUGCCGUCGAAGAUCUCCGCUACCAGCACGUUUAUCAUCCCGUCCCGAUUGAGGAGAAGUGUCCCGCAUUGGCAAAUGUUCUCAAUACGGUUUCUGGAGGAAUGUUUGGAGACGGAGGUGUUUAUGACCCUCUCUUGAAUACCAUCCGUCAAGGCGACUAUUAUCUCUUAUCGGACGACUUUGAUUCCUAUAUUGCGGCCUUGGAUUUGGUGGACGAGGCUUACAAGGACAAGGAUGAGUGGGUCAAGAAGAGCAUUAGGACUACUGCCAAGAUGGGUAAAUUCAGCUCUGACAGAGCGAUUAACGAAUAUGCAGAAAGUUUCUGGAAUUUGGAGGCUAUCAAGGUGCCCCAGUAGAUGAACAGGCACGGAUUGAGGUGCACAAGAAAAGGUGGAUUGGGAGUGGACUGUAGAUGUGCAAACAUUUUGUAGUAGACGAUGAUUCGGAAAUGGUAUAAAACUUUUUCG